UGUUCUGGCCCGGGAGGGCCACGCAGCGGUCGGUAUCCACAGUGCCUUCUGCUCGGCUGCUCAAGUCCUCUCGGAACUCCAACUCCUAAUCCUGUUCCGCCUGCAGUCUUCCUCCCACGCUGGUGGGUGCCGAGUGCCGACUGCCAUCUCGCGAUUGAGGGAUCGCCGGCUUGUUUGGGCACACCGGCAGGCGGCGGACGUGCUGGGUUUAUUAGCAGCAGUCUCGUGUUAUUAGCGGCAUUCAACAACAGUCCAGCAGUAGUAGACUAGUAGGUUGAAUGGUUGAUAGCUAUCACAUGUUCAUUCCGGGUUAGCCUCUCCUCUCUUGCGGCCUCGCCGCUCUGUUUCAGUGGGACACCGGAGUCGGAGAGGAGACUCGUUCGCUUCGCUCGACGGGAUGGCGCGUGCACCGCGGCCGUCCGCGGUACCCACCCUGCUCCGCCUCCUCUCCUCCCAUCCCAGCCUCUCCACCGCCGCCCACGCUGCCCUGCUCAAGUCCUCCUCCCUCACCAGCGCCGUCCCGGUCGCGGCCACCGCCCUCCUCACGGCGUACGCGAACGCGGGGCACCCGGGCGCCGCGUCCCGCCUGUUCGACGAAAUGCCCGCGCCGGACGCCGUCGCGUGGAACGCGCUCCUCGCCUGCCUCGUCCGCCACGGGCGCGCGGGGGCGGCCGCCGCGGCCUUCCACGGCAUGUCCGUCUCCGCGCUCCCGCCCACGGCCGCCACCCUCUGCACCAUGCUCAAGGCGUGCGCCGCGUCGCGCGCCGCCCGCCCCGGCCGCCAGCUCCACGCGCGGGGCGUCGUCUCGCGCCACGCCGACGCCGACGUCAUGGUGGCCACCGCGCUCGUCGAUCUCUACAUGAGCUGUGGCCACGUGGAGGACGCCAUGAGGGUGUUCGUGCUGACAAGGUGCCCGAAGGACGCUGCCCUGCACAAUGCCGUUCUCUCAGGAUGCGUGGAGAACGGACGGUUCAGUGACGCCUUCUCGACGCUGAGGCGGCGGACGGAGCUCAAUGGGAUCUCGCUGACGGCUGCUCUCACGGCCUGCGCGGCCACAGCAAACCUGGCCUACGGUACGCAGGUGCAUUGCAAGGCUCUCCGUGGCGACUUUGAUUCGGACACCAUCACAUGCAAUGCGCUUAUUGACAUGUACGCAAAAUGUGGGAGGGCGACGGCUGCGCGCGUAGUGUUCGACCGGAUGGCUACCAGAAACGUGGUCUCCUGGUCAAGUAUGAUGGGCGCUUAUAGUCGCCAUGGACAUGGCGUUGAUGCUUUGGAUUUGUUUAAGCUAAUGGAGGAGGCUGCGCCAACGGUCCUGCCAAACGCAAUCACAUUCCUGGCGGUUCUGUCAGCCUGCGGACACUCUGGUCUGGUGGACGAAGCUCAGUCCAUGCUACAUUUGAUGAAGAGCAAGUACGGGAUCGAUCCACAGCCGGAGCACUACGCAUGUGUGAUAGACAUGCUCGGACGUACAGGCCGUGUUGACGAGGCUUGGGAUCUGUAUUCUAGUCUUCUAACCGCAAGUCGAAAUAAGCCUUCCAGCGCUAUCAGUGUCGCUAUGCUGAACGCGUGCAGAGCAAACGUGGAUGCUGCAAGAGGAAAGGAGGUGGCUGUGCGCAUGCUGGAGGCUGAUCCACGAAACCCUGGGAUUCAUGUGUUGAUAUCGAAUUUUCAUGCUGCUCUGAGACAAUGGCCUCAAUCAAAUGAAUCGCGGAGGAUUAUAGUGGACAAGGGGCUCAGGAAAGAAGCGGCUAGCAGCCAUGUCUGUUUUGGCUAAAAGCUAAUUGUGCACAUAUCUUGAAAACAUUUGCUACGAUAAAUUUGGAUAUUCGGGACUUCAAACA